ACACAAACCCGAAUUUUAUCACACCCCCCAACCAAUACUCUCCCUCAAAUUUAUUUGGAUUACUUUUCUGUCAUCGAAUCCCUCUCUCUCUCCCCCACCCCUCUCUCUCUCUCUCUCUCACACAAGCACACACUUUAUUUCAGCUUGAAUCAGGUACUACAAUACGCACCCAAUUCAUGGAUUCCUUCCUACUUGCAGCACAAUUCCCAUCACCCCAUCUCUUCUUUCACACUUCUCCCCAAUAAUCUCUCUUUCUUCAACGUCAUAUAAUAAUAAUAAUAAUGCGGUGAUGGGUUCCUUUUCUUGACGAACACCACUGCCCCCAUCAUGGAUUCUUGCUCUUUUGAAGGGUUUGUGCUUGAUCCAUCAAAGUGCAGUAAAUUAAGUAUGGAAGAAAAACGAGAAAUCGUGUACGAAGUAUCCGAAUGGUCGCACGGUGCACCGGAGCUCCUACAAUCGUGGAGCCGACAAGAAAUUCUUCAAAUCCUCUGUGCAGAAAUGGGAAAAGAAAGAAAAUAUACCGGAUUAACAAAAUUAAAAAUCAUCGAACAUCUUUUAAAAAUAGUUUCCGAAAAAAGAUCACAAGAUGAUCUUACAGUGAAUCUUGAAUCAUCAGAAAGCGAUCCUCAAAGAUCUGCGAAAAGACACAGGAAAUCCGACCAGCCUAAUCGUUUAAAUGUUACGUCGGAUAAUAAUUACGUCGAUUUAGAGGAUGAUAAUGUUAAGUUUUGCAAGAAUUCGGCUUGUAGAGCCAAGUUAAGUCGAGAUGAAGUGUUUUGUAAAAGGUGUUCGUGUUGUAUAUGUCGUCAGUAUGAUGAUAAUAAGGACCCGAGUUUAUGGUUGAUUUGCAAUUCGGAUCCACCGUUUGUUGGGGAUUGUUGUGGGAUGACGUGUCAUCUUGAAUGUGCGUUAAAACAUGAAAAAUCGGGGAUUCCGAAAGAUGGGAGGAAUAGAGGACUUGAUGGGAGCUUUCAUUGUGUAUCUUGCAGUAAAGUGAAUGAUCUACUUGGAUGUUGGAGAAAGCAAAUUACGAUAGCAAGGGACACUAGGCGGGUUGACAUCUUGUGUUAUCGUGUUUCUUUAAGUCAAAAGCUCUUAGUUGGGACCGUUAAGUACCAAAAGCUUCAUGAUAUUGUUAAUGAAGCGAUGGAGAAACUCGAAGCAGAUGUGGGCCCGUUGACUGGUUUGCCAGUCAAACGGGCCAGGGGUAUAGUCAACAGGCUCUCUUCAGGUCAAGAGAUUCAAAAGUUAUGUGCUUUCGCAGUCGAAUCCGUUGAUUCAGUACUCUCCAACAUGACCUUGAGUGAUGCAGCAGAUCCCAACCUCUUAACACCAACUGUCAAGUUCGGAAACGUUUUUCCCACAUCGGUUUCCGUGAUUUUGGGUUCUCGAGAUCAACCCGUUACUGAUAACGCAAAGACACAUAGAUACAUAAUGUGGCAUCGAAAAUCCGAAGAAACAGAUUACCCUACAAAACCGACGUGCACAUUGUUUGCACCAAGCUGUACGACGUUCUUACUCUCGGGUUUAACUCCAUUGACACAAUAUGUUCUAAAAGUUGUUCACUUUGAAAACACGUGUGAACUCGGAAGCAAAGAAAUGCCGUUUCAAACGACGAACGAUGACGAAAAAAGCCCGUUAACGAACUCUAGCAGCCUGUCGAAUCCCUCUUCGGUCGAAGAUGAAAACAACAAUAUUGUUAAUAACCAGAAGGACAAAGAGGUUGUUACAGACACUGAUGUUGUAAACAUCAUCAAGAAAAGUUCAAUAAAUGAUGAAAACAAUGAAAAAGAUUUUGACCCUUUUGCCCCCACUACUUCUGCUAAAUUACCAAACACCCCCUGCAAGACGGAAAGCGUAAAAGAUUCAAUCUUGCCAAGAAAAACGCGAUCAAAAUCAUCAAAAAAGAAUGUUGAACACCACGGGUCUGAGGAUGAACCGAACGAGUCAGACGAUCGGGAUUUCAGGUACUAUGUGAAAGUGAUAAGAUGGUUGGAAUGUGAAGGGCAUGUAGAUACUGGAUUUAGGAAAAAGUUCCUGACUUGGUACAGUUUGAGAGCAAGUCAACAGGAGGUUAGAAUAGUCAAAGUGUUUGUGGAUACUUUAAUGGAUGAUCCAGCUUCACUUGCAGAGCAGCUUAUGGAUACUUUCUCUGAUGUGAUUACAAACAAGACAUGUUCUACUUCUACCAAAGGGCUUUGCCUAAAGCUUUUCCAUUGAAUUUCAAAUCAAGGUUAGGAAAGUCUAAUCUGGAUUGUUUAUGACUAUUUAUAUUCUUGAUUUAAACUGUAAUCAUUUAAAUUCGAUAACUAUUUAUAACUGUGGUGGUUAUAUGUGACGGAUCCAAGGUUUCUUUUAGUGUCAUUCUUUGAAAA